AUGAGUGUUCUCACGGCUGAGUCACCUCUUACCUUACCUGCCAACAGCAGCGCGGUACAUAAUAAUUGCGCGUCCAAUGCGUCUUUAGUUCGUACUCAUACAGUCCUAUUAUCCACAGCGCUCAUUGAUAUUUGCGUAGGUGAAUCAAAGGUAUCAACCGUUCGAUGUAUUGUAGACACGGGUAGCCAGGCGUCCUUUAUCACAGAGGCUUGCGUACAACGUUUAGGUUUAGCGCGUAAACAUAUAAAUAUUCCGGUUUUUGGUAUAGGCGAUACCGAUCCUGUGCAACCUAAAGGUAUAGUUUCAUGUUUAAUUGUUCCAAAAGGUAAACAGCAGCCCAUUGUACCCGUGGAUGCGUUAAUUUUGCCAAAAUUAGUUACGAAAAUGCCCAGUGUACCUCUGCCCUUUACAGGUUGGUCACAUUUAAAAAAUUUAAACUUAGCUGACCCUGACUUUCAUACACCCCAACCGGUAGAAAUGUUACUAGGAGCGGAUAUACUAUCCCACAUUUUAUUAGGCAACAUGAUUACUGGACCUCCGGGGUCACCGAUUGCGAUGAAUAGCGUGUUAGGUUAUUUAUUAUUAGGUAAAAUAACGUUCGAUACAAGCGUUUCGACUCCACUCCAGGUAUGUUUUAGCUCGUUUGACAACGACAAUCUUCAAAGGUUUUGGGAGCUGGAAUCAUUUUCCGAGAAACGUACUUACACGCCAGACGAGGAGCUAUGCGAAUCCUUUUUCCAAAAGACGCAUACACGGGACGGGACAGGACGGUACGUCGUCGCCCUGCCGUUCAAACCCAACGCACCGCGCCUCGGCGAGUCACGGCAAAUUGCAUUGGCUCGCUUUAGAAAAUUAGAGUAUAGAUUGGAACGCAACGUGCAGCUGAAAACUGAUUAUCACACGUGCCUCCAGGAGUAUGAGGACCUGAAUCACAUGGAGCUCGUUGAUAGUGAGCCUUUGCAAGGUGCCAGCUAUUAUAUUCCGCACCACUGUGUAGUUAAAGAAUCGAGCAAAACAACUCGUACACGCGUAGUGUUCGAUGCGGGUUGUAGAACGACGAGUGGUUUGUCGCUUAAUGACGUUCUCUUAACGGGUCCCAAGCUUCACCUUGAUAUAGUAGACGUACUUUUAAAGUUUCGUGUUCAUGCCGUAGCGUUCACUGCGGAUAUUAAACAAAUGUAUCGAAAUAUACUGAUUCGUGAAACUGAUAGGGACUUCCAGCGCAUUUUAUGGCGUAAAUCGCCAGAAGAACCUAUACGGGACUACCGUCUCCGCACGGUCACAUUCGGUGUAAAUUCCUCACCAUAUCUCGCUUUGCGUACAAUUCAGCAGCUUGCUCACGAUGAGGCCGAGUAUUUUAGGCUCGCAUCUCCCGUAUUAUUGAGUGACGUAUUUGUCGAUGAUGUUGUUUCUGGUGAGGAUACGGAGUCCAAAACUCUCGCUCUGCAGCAAGAGCUUAUCGACAUUUGUAAGACGGCUGGAUUCGAACUACGUAAGUGGCACAGCAACUCAUCAGCGAUACUCGCUACACUACAGCCACCAGCUUGUCAUGGUGAGCGGCCCGAAAACGUUCCAUUUUCUGAAAUGGAGAACGACAAAAGAGUUAAGGUCCUCGGACUACAAUGGAAUCCAGGAUCUGAUACAUUUAAUUUUAAAGUUCAAGUUACCACUCAUAAAUGCACCAAGAGAUCUAUUCUUUCUGAGAUCGCAAAAAUAUAUGACCCUCUCGGGUUGCUAUCUCCGGUAACCUUGUAUGCCAAACAUUUGAUUCAGUUAUUGUGGAUGGCAAAUGUAGAUUGGGACGAUAAUCCGCCCAUCGAUAUCAUUAAUUCGUGGACACGUUUCAUAAACGAGCUACCGCUGCUAUCACAGGUAUCGUUUCCGCGAUACAUUUUCAGUAAUAAUAUCGAUUCGGUAGAAAUUCAUGGAUUUGCUGACGCGUCCCAGAUCGCAUAUGCCGGCUGUGUCUAUAUUCGACUUACAAGCAAGGACGGCAAUAUUUAUACAUACCUGAUUAUGGCGAAAACUAGGGUAGCUCCGCUCCGCGCACCCCUUACCAUCCCACGUCUCGAGCUGAUGGCAGCUCUAUUGCUUUCAAAGCUAUUAGAUAAGAUAGCAAAUUUAUACAGAGAUCGCAUCUGCCCUGAACGGAUUUACGCAUGGUCCGACGCCACCAUCGUGCUGGCCUGGCUCCGUUCAUCGCCCCAUGAAUGGAAGACGUUUGUUUCCAAUCGCACUAGCGAUAUUCUGUCCCGCGUUCCCGCCAGCUGCUGGCACCAUGUUCCGUCAGCCGAUAAUCCUGCUGACGCUGCAUCACGUGGCUUGCUACCUACCGCGAUGGUACAACACGACUUGUGGUACCACGGUCCUGCAUGGCUCCGACGAAGUGCUGACAACUGGCCGGUUGAGACUCAAACUAUGAGCACCUGUGAAGAAAAACGUAACUUAACGCUAUCUUCUGCUAUGUCUACGGCACCGCCCGUACAAAAUACCGAAAUUAUAAUGCGAUUUUCGUCGCUAGGCAAACUCGUUCGGAUUACCGCACUAAUAUUUCGUUUUUAUAAUAAAUGCAAAAGGGUUAAAAAUUCGUUCCCGGGUUACAUUACCGUACCUGAAUAUAAUUUUUCAUUAAAUCGACUAAUUUACCUUACUCAACAAUCGGUCUUUCAAGACGAUAUUUUAAAGGUAUCUCAAGGAAGAUUACCUUCUAAUCAAUUGCGACGUCUUACACCCUUUUUGGAUAGUGACAAACUCUUACGUGUAGGAGGUCGAAUUCAUAAAUCAUUGUUACCAUUUGAAUCUAAACAUCAAAUAAUUUUACCGAAAAAACAUGCUUUGACGAAUUUAAUUAUCGACGACGCUCACAUGAGCUAUCUGCAUGCAGGACCUCAGUCCGUGCAAUACUUGCUGUUGCAGCGCUAUUGGAUAUUGUCUUGCCGCGACAUCGUGCGUCAACGCAUACAUCGCUGUGUCCGUUGCUUUCGUGCUCGUCCAACACGUGAUCAACCGAUUAUGGGACCACUACCAGCUUCGAGAAUACGUCCGGCGCGUCCUUUCCUUAAAACGGCCGUAGAUUACGCCGGUCCAUUUUUUGUUCGUGCAAAUAAAAGUAGUAAGUGGCUUCAUGAUCGCGGCUCCGCCAUUCGUGAAGGCACUGUUGUUGUGGUAUGCGACGAGCACCUUCCGCCAUUACAAUGGAAGCUCGCGCGUGUGCAUGCUGUUCAUCCUGGCUCCGAUCAAGUCACUCGUGUAGUGACCUUAAAGGCUGGGAAUACUAUUUUUAAACGACCUGUAGUAAAGAUUUGCCCACUUCCGUUAGAGUAA